AUGCCUCGUCCUCGUCCGCCUCCCCCUCGUUGGAUCAUGCCAUCCCAAGUAGAAGAGCACAACGUGGACGAGCUCAAUGUAGAUGAGCGCAACGUAGACGGACCCAAAGUUGAAGACGUCACCAUUGGCACGUUGCACUCGGGCCGACUGGGCAAGCUUGCGGCGCUGGGAGUAGCAGGAGCUGCCGCAGCAUCUUCUGUUCGAGUGUCGUCCUUGGAUCCCAUGACGAACUUCACCUCCUCGGGUUGA